GCUUUAUGGGCAGCGCUCAGCGCGCAUGCGCACCGUGAGAGGCGCGGCCUUCCCGGAGAAGGCGGCGGUGGCCUGUUGUAUUUUGCUGCUGUUGUGUUUUGUUUCUGUAGAAUUUUGUUCCUGUAGCCAUGUCCCGGAAGGGAGGAAGUAGGUUCGCAAAUUACAAAGCAGGAUUUCAACCUCCAGGGAAAGAGUCGCCUAUGUUUGCGGCUUUCAUUAAAGCGGCAAGGAAAAGUGGUCAGCUGAACCUUUCCAACCGAGAGUUGAGUGAAGUACCCCAGAGUGUAUGGCGGAUAAAUCUGGACCCACCAGAGGAUUGUCAUUUGAAUGUCUCGUUUAACGCAAGUGAUCGAUGGUGGGAUCAGACAGACCUAAGUAAACUUAUCUUGGCUUCCAACAAACUAGAGUCCUUAUCAGAUGAUCUUCAGCUCCUCCCAGCUCUCACAGUACUUGAUGUCCAUGAUAAUCAGUUGACUGCUCUUCCUCGUGCAAUUGGGCAGUUGGUGAAUCUCCAGAAGCUCAUUCUCAGCCACAAUAAACUUAAGGAAUUACCAGAUGAACUUUGGAAUUUAAGGUCCUUGAAAAAUCUCCAACUACAGCAUAAUGGACUGGAGUACAUUCCAGAUGAUAUCGGUCAACUUGUUCAUUUAGAAGACCUGGAUUUAUCCAAUAACCGACUUUCAACAAUUCCAAGCUCGCUCGGCGAGCUGACAGUUCUUCUGCGAUUCAAUCUGGCUGCUAACAAACUGAAGAGCAUACCCCCAGACAUCAGCAAAAUGACAAGCUUAAAGUUUCUGGAUAUGACUCAUAAUGAACUGGAAUGUGUCCCUUCAGAAUUAGCGACCUUGGUUUCAUUAGAACAGCUUUAUUUGAGACAUAACAGGCUUCGCCACCUACCACAGUUUCCAUCCUGUAAAUAUCUGAAGGAACUGUAUGUUGGAAAUAACCAAAUAGAGUAUUUGGGGUCGGAGCACUUGCAACCUUUAAGUGCCAUCAGUGUAUUGGAGCUCCGUGACAAUAAACUGAAAUCACUGCCCGAUGAAGUUCUUCUGCUUCAAGGUCUAGAACGAUUGGACCUCACAAACAAUGAUAUUUGCAACUUGCCGUAUAAACUAGGAAAUCUUCCAAAGUUGAAAUCUCUAUUGCUGGAGGGCAACCCACUGCGUUCCAUUCGCAGAGACAUUAUUAAUGGAGGAACACAAGAACUUCUCAAGUACUUAAGGAGUAGGAUGGAAGAACAAGCAGAUGGCGAAGGUGACAGUGGCCCUGGAACAGCUAUGACAUUUCCAAGUGAGUCUAACGCCACUGUCUACAACAUAGGAACACACAAGAUGUUAGAAUACAGUGACAAGAAAGCCACAGUUGUUCCAGAUGAAAUAUUUAAUGCCUCUGAUGGAGUUCCCAUUGGUAGUGUGAACUUGAGCAAGAACUUGUUGACUGCAGUCCCUUCCAGGAUUACAGAACUGAAGGCCACAGUGACUGAUGUAAAUCUUGGUUUUAACAAGCUUGGUUCAAUUUCCUUGGAACUUUGCACACUGGAGCACCUGCUACAUCUGGAUCUUAGAAAUAACCUUUUGACUUCACUGCCUAUGGAAAUGAAAAGACUGCAACGAUUACAAACUGUAAUCCUCUCAGUUAACAGAUUUAAAGAAUUCCCUGAUGCCUUAUACCAUAUUCCAGCACUGGAAACUAUUCUUCUUAGUAACAAUCAGGUUGGAGCAAUUGAUUCUGUCCAGUUGAUGCAACUUAACAGACUAACUACACUGGAUAUGCAGAACAAUGACCUAAUGCAUGUACCGCCAGAGCUGGGAAAUUGCAUAAACCUAAGAUCUCUCUUACUUGAAGGGAAUCCAUUUCGUAAUUUAAGGCCAGCUAUUUUAGCCAGAGGAACAACGGCAGUGCUGGAAUAUCUGAGGAGCCGCAUUCCUACAUAAACGUGUGCCUUUGAGAAUAAGAUUUUUUUUUUUUUAAUAGAUUAAUGUGAAUAAAAUUUGUGGGUUCUGGUGAGAAGGUUUGUUUAUUUUGUGAGUAUUUUCUUGAUUACUUCUGUUUCUGUAGGUCUCAAAAUUUGAAUAAGAUGUUUUGUUAUGCUCUGCUUGUUUUGAAUGCUACUGAUUACAUUAUCAUUUCAGUCUAUAUGCAUAUUGUGUUUAGUACAUAUUCUUUGAACAUUUUUGAAUUUUAAUUUGCUCAGAUUUUUUGGGGGGGAAUUUGUAUAAAAAAGAAUGCAGUAGGAUAGAUUUUACUAUUCAAAGUUAAUAACAUUCUCCUCUCUCCAUUCUCCCUCAUCUUUCACGCCCCGUCCAUAUUUCUUCAACAUUUCCACAAAUACUCCCUUCCUUUUACAAAGCAGUAAGCCUAUUAUUCACAUGUUAUUCACAUCUGAAAUAUACAUUUUUGAUGUCUUGCCUUCCUAUUAUUGGGUUGCUUUACUCAUGAUGAUGAAUUUCACAAACUUUGGAACAGAAUGAUUUGUACCUUGCUGGUGGUUGUGAAAUUCAUCAACUGAGUUGAAAAUGUUCCAUUGACGAAGUUGAUCAGAUUAAUUUGAAAGUG